CAUUUAAAUACUAGAUUUCCGUCCCGACACUAAUGAAUUUAAGAAAUACGACGCACAUGGAGUUUAGUUUUGACAGCUUACUUUCAAUUGCAAUUACAAGCAAGAAAAUUGAUUUGAUUUGAUUUUUAAAGCCAUCGAAUCUGCCGCAAUCUCCAUUGGCAAAGAAGGCAAUUCAAUGGAAUCCGACAGUUCCAGCUCGGUCUCCAGCUCGGGCUCCAUAUCCAGUGCGAACUCCGAUGUCUCCACAAGGACCAACGCAAGCUCAGGUUCUAACUCAAGCGCUACCGCCAGCUCAAGCACUACUGCAAGCACUAGUUCCUUCACCACAACAAGCUUCUUCGCCAGCACAAGCUCCUACGGCAGGACACGCUCCUUCGCCAGGACAAGCUUCUUCGCCAGCACAAGCUCCUUCGCCAGCACAAGCUCCUUACCCAGCAUGAGUUCCAACGAAAGCUCAACUUCAACGCGGAAACGUAAGCAAAGGACCCCGAAGCGUGCCGGCAGUAAGUCAAAAAAGGCCAAAUCCGAAAUGCCGAAGACCCAGGGAUCCUGCGAUUCCUACAAGUGUCCUGUGUGCCUGGAGGACGUGCGCCUAGGGCAGCCGGUGUCCACCGCAUGUGGCCACGUCUUCUGCCAAAAAUGCAUCCGGGACAGCAUUAGGGCCACGCAGAAGUGCCCCUUGUGCGGCGUUAAAGCACCGAAAUAUCAUCGGAUUUACCUGUGA